GUGAAAAGAAAUUCAGUGCUGUUGUUUUCAUAGCUGCAUGUUUAAAUUUUUUUGUUAUUUCUAUAAAAUUCCUGUGAGAAAACUAUAAAGCAAUUAUGGAUGCUGAUCUUUAUGAUGAAUUUGGCAACUAUAUAGGCCCUCAACUUGAUUCAGAUUCAGAAGAUGAGGAGGAAAAUUAUGAAAGACAAGAAACUGAAGCAAUAGAAUACAAUGAAGAAGAUGCUAUGGAUGAAGGACGUGAUGAGGAUGAAGUUCCUCAAUCACAGAUAGUUCUCCAUGAAGAUAAAAAGUACUAUCCUUCUGCAGAAGAAGUUUAUGGGCCAGAUGUUGAAACUAUAGUUCAAGAAGAAGACACUCAAGCUUUAACUGAACCCAUCAUUGCACCUGUGAAAAAGAAAAAAUUUUCAUAUGUGGAACAAGAAUUGCCACAUACUAAAUAUGAUUUAGAAUUCUUAGCAGAUUUAAUGGAUAACACUGAUCUCAUUCGUAAUGUUGCUUUGAUUGGACAUCUUCAUCAUGGAAAAACAUCAUUUGUUGAUUGUUUAGUUGAACAAACUCAUCCUGAUUUAAAAGCUCGAGAGGGAACAAACCUAAGAUAUACUGAUACUUUAUAUACUGAACAAGAAAGAGGUGUAAGCAUUAAAGCUACUCCUGUGACUUUUGUGUUACCAGACUUGAAAGGAAAAUCCUUCCUUAUGAAUAUUUUUGAUACCCCUGGUCAUGUAAAUUUUUCUGAUGAAGUUACUGCAGCAAUAAGGCUCUGUGAUGGUGUUGUUCUUUUUGUCGAUGCUGCUGAAGGAGUGAUGUUAAAUACUGAGAGAUUGCUGAAGCAUGCUGUUCAAGAAAAACUUGCUAUUUGCAUUUGUAUUAACAAAAUUGAUAGGUUAAUGUUGGAAUUAAAGUUGCCUCCUCAGGAUGCUUACUAUAAACUUCGUCAUAUAAUUGAAGAAAUAAAUGGCUUGUUAAGCACUUAUUCUGACGAAAAAGAUCCUAUUUCUGUGUCUCCACUAUUGGGGAAUGUUUGCUUUGCAAGUUCACAGUUUAGUUUAUGCUUUACAUUACGAUCUUUUGCUAACAUGUAUGCUCAGGCUUAUGGAGGGUUUCAUGUUGAUGAUUUUGCAAAGCGUUUGUGGGGUGAUAUAUAUUUUAACAGUAAAACACGUAAGUUCACCAAGAAAGCUCCACACAGUUCAGUACAGAGGAGUUUUGUUGAAUUUAUUUUGGAACCUUUAUAUAAAUUAUUUGCACAGGUUGUUGGUGAUGUUGAUACUGCUUUGCCUUCGCUGUUGGAUGAAUUAUGCAUAAAACUCACCAAGUCAGAAAUGAAGCUAAAUGUUCGUCCCUUGUUGCGAUUGAUUUGCUCAAAAUUUGUUGGGGAUUUCAAUGGCUUUGUUGAUAUGUGUGUUCAUCAUAUUCCUGCACCGUCUAAAAAUGCUAAACUGAAAAUUGAACACAUUUACACUGGCCCAUCAGGAAGUGAUUUAGCCGAUAUCAUGGCUGAAUGUGACCCAGAAGGUCCUUUGAUGGUUCACACAACCAAGCAAUAUUCAACUCAAGAUGCUACCAGCUUUCAUGUAUUUGGCAGAGUAAUGAGUGGAACAUUACAGGCUAAUCAGGAUGUAAGGAUUUUGGGUGAAAGCUAUACAUCAACAGACGAAGAAGACUCAAGAAUUAUGACUGUUGGGAGAUUAUGGAUAUCUGAAGCUAGGUAUAAAAUUGAAGUUAACAGAGUUCCAGCUGGAAACUGGGUACUUAUUGAAGGAAUUGAUCAACCUAUAGUGAAAACUGCUACAAUUGUUGAUGUGACUGAAAAAUCAGAACUGUAUAUUUUCAGACCUUUGAAAUUUAAUACUAACUCUGUGAUAAAAAUUGCUGUUGAACCUGUGAAUCCUUCAGAAUUACCAAAGAUGUUAGGGGGGUUACGGAAAGUAAACAAGUCAUAUCCUCUUUUGAGCACUAAGAUUGAAGAAUCAGGUGAACAUAUUAUUUUGGGUACUGGAGAACUUUAUUUAGAUUGUGUGAUGCAUGAUCUGAGGAAAAUGUAUUCUGAAAUUGAUAUCAAAGUUGCUGAUCCAGUGGUUUGCUUUUGUGAAACUGUAGUGGAAACAUCCUCUUUAAAAUGUUUUGCUGAAACACCAAAUAAGAAAAAUAAGUUAACUAUGAUUGCUGAACCUCUUGAAAAAGGGUUAGCUGAAGAUAUUGAAAAUGAAGUAGUGCAAAUUAACUGGAACCGCAAAAGAUUGGGAGAAUUUUUCCAGACAAAAUAUGAUUGGGAUUUACUUGCUGCCCGUUCUAUUUGGGCCUUUGGACCUGAUACUACAGGCCCCAAUAUUCUGGUUGAUGACACAUUGCCAUCUGAAGUAGAUAAAAACUUAUUAAGCAUGGUGAAAGAUAGCAUAGUUCAAGGAUUCCAGUGGGCUACUAGAGAAGGUCCCUUAUGUGAAGAACCUAUACGUAAUGUUAAAUUUAAAAUUCUGGAUGCUGUAAUUGCUGGAGAACCAAUUCACAGAGGAGGAGGACAGAUUAUUCCUACAGCCCGUAGAGUUGCAUAUUCUGCUUUCCUUAUGGCCACACCUCGUUUAAUGGAGCCAUAUUAUUUUGUUGAGGUUCAAGCACCAGCAGAUUGUGUCUCUGCAGUUUACACUGUUCUAGCUCGUCGCAGAGGCCAUGUUACCCAAGAUGCACCAGUUCCUGGAUCACCACUAUACACUAUUAAAGCUUUCAUUCCUGCAAUUGAUUCAUUUGGAUUUGAAACCGAUCUGAGGACUCACACUCAAGGUCAAGCCUUCUGUUUAUCAGUAUUUCAUCACUGGCAGAUUGUACCAGGUGAUCCUUUGGACAAAAGCAUAGUCAUUAGGCCUCUGGAACCACAACCUGCGCCACAUUUAGCUAGAGAAUUUAUGAUCAAAACAAGACGCAGAAAGGGUCUUAGUGAAGAUGUCAGCAUCAACAAGUUCUUCGAUGAUCCUAUGUUGUUGGAAUUGGCUCGACAAGAUGUUAUGCUUAAUUAUCCUUUGUAAAAUCAUUGUGCUGUGAAAUGCAUCUUGUAAAUAAUCACAAUAAAUUCAUGUAUAAAGGUU